AUGAAGCCAGCAGAGAUUACUAAAGAAACAAAGAAGCCGCGACAAGACCCGACAAAAGGAAAGGAGGUAAUCAACGAAGGAUACCCUGAUCAACCGAUCAGCAUUGGUCACGACCUCCCAGGUCACGUAAGGGAAGCAGUAGUCGAUCUACUCAAACGGUACAAGCACAUAUUUGCAUGGACCCCCACAGACAUGGUGGGGGUAGAUAGGAAGGUCAUUGAGCACAAACUGGCGAUCAAACCAGGGAAAAAGGAAGUGAAGCAGAAAAAAAGGGUCCAGGGAGGGGACCGCAACAGGGCAAUUAAUGCAGAGGUGGCUAAGCUGGCGGAGGCCGGAAUAGUAAGGGAAGCAGUUUUCCCAACCUGGAUCGCUAAUCCGGUUAUGGACGAAGAAAAAACGGCUUUCUACACGGAUCAUGGCACCUUUUGUUACACCAAGAUGCCUUUCGGUUUGAAAAACGCGGCAUCCACAUACCAGCGUCUGGUCGACUCAGUCUUCGCCAAGCAAAUUGGGAGGAAUAUCGAGGUGUAUGUCGACGAUAUGGUGAUUAAGAGCUCCCAUGAAAACAAAAUGUUGCAAGACAUCGAGGAGACUUUUCGUACACUAGAAAGGGUCAAAAUGAAAUUGAAUCCGGCUAAGUGCACAUUCGGGGUAGAAGAAGGACAGUUCUUGGGAUAUUAUGUUACCAAACAGGGCAUCUAG